AACGGUCAAUGACGGUCGAGAUGGAGAGGAAGCCACUCCCGUUGGGUUUCCCGCCAAGCGAUCCCAGAUUUCGGUAGGUCCGCGACGGUAGCAGGCGGAGAGUUCAGAAAGCAACCGAGUCAAGGAUCGCCACUCAUAAAUGUAGAUGAGUCCAGCGCUGUGCCGGGGACACGUGGGAGCGUCGCAAGCCUAGGCAUGGGCCCGUUGAUUCGGGCGGCCAGGACCCAAUCCGUUCUGCUAUCCGGAGGCUAAAAACUCGGAGUCAGUUCAUCGUCGACGGCCGAGCUGAUGUCGAGAAAGUUUUCGGCUGGUAUUUUUGGUCUAUUUUUGGAAAUUUUUGCUGAAAGAUUUGGACCAUUCGGUCGGAUUCUUGUCGGGAAAUUUCCAUCUCAAGGCCGCCAAUGGUGGAUUACAAGGCUAGAUUGGAGGAAUCGAAGCUCGGUACUCGGAAGGAGGAGGAGGAGGGGAGGACCCAGGAAAGGGCGAAGAAGAGGUAGAGUUUGGUUCUUCCUAGGGCUUGGAUUCUUCAUGGCUUCUAUUUCUUGACUUUUCCCCCCUAAACUAAGCUUUUUCUGGGUGAAUUUCCUUGAUUAUUUUCAUGGAAUUUAUUCAUUUUUAUGUGAAUUCUUGUCAUCAUCUGGAUCCGUUGGGAUCCCUGGAAUGUAGCUUCUGGCCUUGUGAUUUCUAGGGUUAGGGUUCUUCGAACAUAGACUCUGUACCCCAGAUUUGCUCUCAUGUCCACAUUAUUGGGGAAUUUGAAGGGUUUAUUUAGCGUCGUGACUUCUUAGCAAGAAGAGAACCCUACCAAUAAGCACAAUGGUGUGUUGAUUGCUCUAAAAUUUCAAUUUUCAGUUGAAGACGUAAUAAUUGUGAAUUUAUCAGUCUAUGUUAGUAGGAGAAAAGAUACGAGGCAUUUAAUUUGUUUGAAGAUUGAAAAUUGAUGCUCUUCUCUUUCCAUAGAAAGGAAAAGUACAAAGAGAGAGAGCGAGAGAGAGAGGAAAUUGAAAGGGAGGGUUGGAGGGUUCAUCUGUGCUACAAGGAUUCUUUUGCCCUCAGAGGGGACUUUGUGUGGGUCUUCUGUUGAAAAUAUUUGUGCUAACCCAAGAGGAGGCAAAAAAAAGCUGAUUGACAAGUCAGAUGUCGAAUUCUGCUCCACCUCCAAGCUCCUCUUCUAAAAUUGAUAAGUCAUCUCCUCCUUCUCCAGAUAACAAAUCCCCUCCACCUUCAUUGGAAUCUAAAACCCCUCCGCCUUCUUUGGAUUCUAAAGUACCUCCACCUUCACAUUCAACUUCUCCGCCAAAAUCUCCCCCAAGCUCAGAUGGAUCAAGUUCUCCACCACCAAAGUUAUCACCUCCAGCUCCCUUGCCAAAUGACUCCCCUUCUCCCCCUCCUGACCCAUCUAAGUCCCCAUCAAAUGGAACUUCAUCUUCAUCAGCUCCACCAUUUUCACCCCCUCCUCCUCCUCCUCCCGGUAAUCAUAAUCGGUCAGCUCCUCCUCCACCUCACUCCCCUCCUCUUUCACCUGCUGUUACUUCGCCACCUCCAAAUGCUAAAUUGAAUACUCCAAGCCCCCCUCCACCAGAGCAGUCACCACCUAAUGGCUCCCCUCCAUCCCCUCCUCCGCCUGAUUAUUCAUCUAGCUCGUCAUCAUCUAAAAGUAAUCCCCGUCCUCCAUCGAAGUCAUCACCUCCCCCUCCUUCCUCUCCUUCCCUUCGUGAAAAUGGGGAAUCAGGUGGCAGUUUGGGCACCAUUGCUGGGUUGACAUUUGCAGGAAUUCUAGUUGUAUUAGCUGUCGUUUUCUUUGUGUUCUUAAGGAAGAGGAGGAGAAGAUUCGGUGAGUAUAAUUACUACAGAUCACCUAACAAUUUCUCUGUAAAAUCAGAUGGAUAUUACUAUAGACAGUCAAAUAUACAAGGAAGUUCUGCUCACUCAGAUACAUAUUAUGCACCAGGAACAACACCAGCUCAUCUUGCUGCCGCAAAUGCCCAUGGAAGUUAUAGAGGUCAUGGGUAUUACCCGGGGCACCCAGAUCAUGCUGGACCCAAGUCAUGCUUCAGUUAUGAAGAGAUAAUGAGCAUAACAAAUGGCUUUCCUCCAGAAAACAUCCUAGGUGAGGGUGGUUUUGGAUGUGUGUAUAAGGGCUGGCUGCCCGACGGGAGAUGUGUUGCAGUGAAACAGCUCAAGGCUGGUAGUGGACAAGGAGAGAGGGAAUUUAGAGCAGAAGUUGAGAUAAUUAGUCGUGUUCACCAUCGUCAUUUGGUCUCUCUGGUGGGUUGCUGUAUAGCUGACUAUCAUCGACUGCUUGUAUAUGAGUACCUCCCUAAUAAAACUCUUGAACACCAUUUACAUGGGGAGGGGUUGCCUGUCAUGGAUUGGCCAAAAAGACUGAAACUUGCUAUAGGCUCUGCUCGUGGAUUGGCAUAUUUGCAUGAAGACUGCCAUCCUCGCAUUAUCCACAGGGACAUCAAAUCGGCUAAUAUUCUUUUGGACAACGAUUUUGAGGCAAAGGUUGCAGAUUUUGGGCUUGCCAAACUCUCGAAUGAUACUCACACCCAUGUGUCCACUCGUGUUAUGGGGACAUUUGGGUAUUUGGCACCAGAAUAUGCAUCUAGUGGAAAAUUAACUGACCGAUCUGAUGUAUUUUCAUUUGGCGUCGUGCUUCUAGAGCUUAUUACAGGACGCAAACCUGUAGAUCCAAAUCAACCUUUGGGGGAUGAAAGUUUAGUUGAAUGGGCUCGACCCCUCCUUAUUCAUGCUCUUGAAAUAGGGGAUUGUUCAGAACUAGCGGAUCCAAGGCUUGAGAACAAUUAUGUAAAGAGCGAGAUGUUUAGAAUGAUCGAAGCAGCUGCUGCAUGUGUUCGUCAUUCCGCUUCUAAACGACCUCGCAUGGUGCAGGUGGCGAGGGCAUUGGAAAAAGGAGAGCCGACUGAUCUAAGCAAUGGGGUGAAAUUUGGUCAGAGCACAGUGUUUAAUUCUGGCCAGUACUCAGCAGACAUCCAAAAAUUUCGUAUGAUGGCAUUUGGAAGUGACAGCUCUGACUUUGAUGAAUCUGGGGAGUAUGAUCGCCGGAGCGCAGCAUGCAGUGGUGAAGUCCGCAGUAGAGAGAUACCUCGUGGGCCACCGAAUCCACGGGGACCUGGAGAACCCAAGUCAGGGGAGUAGUAUAACGGUCAUGAAUCAGAGACUCGUAGCGUGAAUCCCCGAGGCAGAGAGAGCUGUGGAAAUCAUCAGUGCAAUCGAAGGGGAUUCCCAUGACUCAAAUGUCGAGUCUUGAGAGGAGGUUUGUGCCUGCGUUGUGCUGCCUUGAGAGGAGGCAAAUUUGAGCCACCAGGCAGACAUCGGAAGAAGGGCUACUGCUGUUCUGGAUUGCUACGGAAUGAUGCUAGGCGAUCAAAAACAGGGUUCCCAAUCCAUGGUGACUUAAUGGUUAUCUCCACAAAGCGAACUAGAUGUACCAUAUUGUGCAAUCCAUUAUCACAUUUUUCCAUUCUGCAUUUCCCCUUUUCCAGGGAGCAGAAUCUGGGGUUCUCUCCCUGUUCUUUUCCUGUUACUGAUUGUACCGACGCUCGAGAAAGAAAGGAUCUGCUUAUUUAAAUCUUCUGGUCA